AUGACCCUCGAAUUCAAUGCCGCCGGGGGGGAUGCCUUGUUGGACCUGACCACAUACGACCAGCGGGAGCGUUAUCCGUACACCACUACAGCACCUAGCACCAAUCCCGCCAUCUCGGCCACAGCAAUGACUCCUACUCGUCCAGCAGGUGCCUGGCCGGUUUCUCUUGAUAUGGCCGCUCCCCAGAACCCGAACUCGAGCAAUGUACCUUCGCCUGUCGAGUCUCAAGCGCAGUCCCAAUCGCCCUCGCAACAUAGCGCGAGUCCCCUACAGCACUCGCCAUACCAGCCCGCACCUCCGCAGACUCACUCUCCGCCUCUUUUGACGGAUUGGACGCUACUCCAACACCAGCAGCAGCACCCGCCAGUGCAAGACCUUAGCCAGUUUAUGCAAGAGAGCCAGACAUUGAUACCUUUCAACCCUUUUGCCGCAAACUACCCGGCAAAUGCCCUCGGCUAUCUACCUUCGACUACACAAGCACCGCUUGAGCCCGCAAUGACCAUGGAACAGCAAGGUUUUAAUAAUGUCUCGCCCAUCGACGAUGGCCGUGCUAUGCAGCACCAGUGGGAUGGUAUGGGAAUGGGAAACUGGCAAGAUUUUGGUGCCUCUCUGCAAUUCCCCGCCGAUGGACUUCCCCGAUUCGGAAGCUUAGGAAGCCAGUCUCCAACCGGAACGUACCUUGAAGUAUUAUCGUUGCCGGGAUCUAGUGAUAACGGAUGGGCUCAGGUCGACAUGUACCAGAAUUACGACUCGUACCAGCAAGCUCAGGCUCAAGCGCAGGCCCAAGCACAGAACACUGCCAUUUUUAACCCCAGCCAGACGCUGCACUUGAGGACAAAUUCGGAUGCGUCUCAUUCGGAUGGAAGCGGCCAGCGAACUGAUUUCAGCAGCAGUAGUUUCGAGGAUAUUCCCUUCAAUUACUCUCCAUUUUCUCCAGAGUCCGACACCUACUCGGACCCCGCUAGCCAUAGGAAUUGUUUCCACGGGGAGUCCCACCAUUCUCACGAAAUGAUCAGCCCUGCUGCGGCCGUUGAGCCAGUGCCAAUCAAAUCAUCGACAUCAAACCGUCCUAGCCCCGCCAGUGGAUCUGGCGUGGCGUCCCCAACUCGCGACAACCCGUCCCGUAGAAACUCGGGCCCCAAGAAGAGCGCUAUCACAAAGUCGACCAAGUCGGUCAUCAGGAGGACGUCCAAUGGAAAGAAGGAUGGUACCGUUGAGAAGAAGGUGGGUCGAAGAAAGGGUCCUCUUCUUCCCGAACAACGGAAGCAAGCUAGUGAAAUCCGAAAGCUCCGGGCUUGUCUUCGAUGCAAGUUCCUUAAGAAGACGUGUGAUAAGGGUGAGCCUUGCGGUGGCUGCCAGCCGUCGCACGCUCGACUCUGGCAAGUUCCUUGCACGCGUAUUGAUAUCAAGGAUAUUGGCUACUUCAUGAAGGACUGGAAGGCGGACUACGAGCGACAUCUAGGCCGUGGCGUCUCUGUUUACAAUGUGAAGGGUUUCGCUCAGAAGGAGACCCUGAUGUGGAUCACCCACGGCUACGGCUUCUGCCUGCCUGUUAUGGUUCGCGAGGUUUAUGUUGCCGACGACAGCUGCUUCCAAGUUGACUGGGUCGAGUCUUAUCAAAUUGAUCAGGAACCAAUUGAAUUCGAACUCAAGACCGAGAGGCUCGACGUUGGUGAGGGCGGUAUCGACCCGACAGCACUUGCUGAAUAUUUGGACAAGCACAUUGAGAACGGAUUCGAAAACUUCAUUGACGACCAUUUCGAAGGAACGCCCUUUAUUACGGAAAUUCUUAAGACCGCUUACCGCUUCUACACCAAGGAAAAGCUUCCGGUUCUUCGCAAGGCGCUUAAACUUGUGCUAGCUUACAACUUAACCCAGCACAUUACACUCGUCGAACAACAGGGCUCGGAGCAAACAAUGGAGGGCCAGAUUGAUGAUGAGGACUCUAAGUACUUUGGAAAGUAUGUGGCUCCCGUUAUGAUCAACUUCCAGAUCAAGUGUGCCAUGGCCGAUAUGUGGCGAGACUUGCAGAAAGACAUCUUAGAGGAACUUUCCGCGCUUUACUCUAGUGUGUAUAGUGGCGACCGCUUAAAGAACUGGCCCACUAUUUUCAUGCUAGCGUCUUUAUUGCUCGCUGUUUGGGAGGAGAUGCAGUUCGACUGCCAUUACCGAGUACCCGACCCCGUUGCGGUUGAGAAGUUUUGCUCUGAUAUGGAGAGUACUCCUGUUGGUGUUAUUACUGGUCUAUUCCACGCCAUCUCCCAAAAAUUGCCGGCUUUGAUUGAUUGGGAUACCGAACGACAUGGUCAUCUUCUAAACAACAAUGUCGCCGUCUGCGAAGCAAUGACUGAAGUGCGACAACAUGUUCUUAAGCAUGAAUCCUAUUUAAGAACAAGAAACACGUCGAAAUUCGACAGAUAUGACUUUGAUUCGUUAUCGAACAAGUUCUUGUCGAAACUAGUCAUCAAAGCUAACUGA